AUGAAAUCCUCGAUUCUCGCAUUCCUCGCAGUGGGCGUCGCGCACUCGGCCGGCCGGCUGCUCCACGCUACUCGACAUGGACUUGUACCAGAUACUGUCACGUCCAAUGUCAUCCCCAUGCGCAAGCACAUUGUGCCUUCUUUCGGACACCGCUCCAGUGUCGUGAAACCCGUCUACCGCAGGACAGCAGACGUGAACCACCCGGCCAACUUGACCAACGUGCACGAUGUCUAUUACAUCGUCGAUAUCGUUGUUGGGAACCAGACUCUCGCUGUCAGUGUUGACACAGGAUCAAGCGACACAUGGUUUGUGUCGGACUAUUUUGAGUGCGUCAGGUUCUGGUGGCAGGGCCCAGAAUAUAAACCAAACUGUGGACUAGCAGACGGCUUUACGGGCAACCUGUCGGGCGGAGUCCUGGACAACCCACCAUUUGUCCGAUCCUACAUGGAUACCACGUUUGUGUCGGGCUAUUACGGGUUCGAAGAUGUCACUGUUGGAUCAAUCACAGCCAAAAACCAACGCGUUGGAGUCGUCAAUUACACGUUUUGGGCGGGCGAUGGCCUUACCUCGGGUCUUUUGGGGCUGGGGUAUCCCUUCAUGACGAGCCUGGACGGCGCAGAGCAAAACCAGGCACCAUAUGACCCCGUUUUCACGACCAUGUGGAAGAACAAGCUGAUUGAUCCUCUGUUCAGCAUUGCGCUCUCCAGAGAGAGUGGGGACCAGGGCGAGCCGGAUGGGGAGGUCAGGACGCCAGAAGGGUCCUACUUGGCACUAGGUGGUCUGCCACCCGUGGAGGUGGAUGAGGAGAGCUGGGCGAGGACAAAGAUUCACGGUGUUGACGCUAUCCCCGAGUGGAUGUUUGAGCAAUCAGACCUGGGUUUAUACAUUAUUAAGCCCGACUCGUGGGUGUACGGACGCGAAACGGAGGAUGUCACGCCGGCUGAGGCAGAUCAGGGCGCUGUCAUGACACAUGGGCUGACGACAAACACUACCCAGUUUCCCGUUCUGAUUGACGUGGGGGCUACACUCAGCUUGCUUCCUAAGGGUCUGGUUCAGAAGCUGUACGCGGCGUUUGAUCCUCCCGCCAAAUACCUGAGCACCAACGGCCUGUUCUUUGCCCUGUGCAAUGCCACCAUCCCCAAAUUCGGUGUCAACAUUGGCGAAAAUACUUUCUACUUUGCGCCUGAGGACCUGCUGCGUCAGACGGCUCGUGAUCCAUCUGGGGAAUAUUGUCGAAUUGGGGUCACGGACGUGAAUGGGGGCCCCUAUGUCUUGGGCGUGUCAUUCUUGUCAAGCGUGGUCGCCGUUUUUGACAUUGAAAAUACCGAGAUGAGGUUUGCUUCAAGGACAAAGUAUUGA